AUUGAAUUCACUUGCUUUUUAUUUUGUUGCAUAAAAUGGCAUAAGUCACAGAUAUCACUUCGGUAAUGUUGAUACAACUUUGCCAACACAACAGUUCUUGAAGAGGCAAACAGUAAGGAAUGUGACAAGUUUUAUCACAUUUUUCACAAACUUGGAUUUUCUGAUUUUAUGAUCAGUCAACUACACCUGCCUACAGAUGGUAUUCUUUGCAGACUACCAGUAUAUUCAAGAAAGGUAGAGUACAGAUCAGUGGUCUGCGUUUAUUACUUGUUGCGCUGACAUACACAGCAUAUGCAGUGAAAUUCUCUACCAGUUAUUUUUGGUGGUUCAUAUAACAUUGAAACUCCUCAAAAAAAUCAUCUUAAUGUCCUAGCAAACCAAUAGGUGAGUGAGUUUGUCACAAGUUUUUAUAACAUUUGAAUACCGCCAAAAUUUUGUAAUAGCCAAAUCAGAAUCGAAUUCAGUUUCUAAUUGAUCACAUCGUGAGUGAAGCAUCUGGCGCACUGCAUCAAACGAAUACGCAGUGCAAUGAGCAAGUUAAAAUCGUGCCUCCCUGAACACUGGUUGACAAUUGUUACUGUAACAAGUAUCAUCAUCGGAGUUGGAUCUGGAUUUAUUUUAAAAAAUUGGACGCAACAACCAUGGUCAGAACGUCAAAUCAUGUACCUCCAAUUUCCUGGAGAGUUAUUCCUUAGAAUGGUCAACUGUUUGAUCCUGCCACUGAUUAUAUCUAGUAUUGUCAGCGCUAGCUGCAAUUUGAGUAAAUCAGGGAGCAUUGGAAUUAAAGCACUCGGAUAUUAUUCCUUAACUACCACAUUAGGCAUAAUUUUGAGCGUUACUCUUGUGCAAACGAUUAAACCUGGCCAGUGGCAGCAGAAUACAAAUGUCACAUUUACAGAAUCUAGUCGCAAUUUUGUCACUACUGACACCUUACUGGACCUUCUGCGAAAUUUAUUCCCAGAGAAUUUGAUAAAAGCUUGUCUGGCCCAAUAUCGUACUGUUCUAAAGGAGCCAGGAAAUAUCACUGAAGUGUCAAUUUUGGAUUGGGGUAUUGACCAUGAGUACACAAUUGGCACUAAUGUUCUGGGACUCGUCUUCUUCAGUUUGGUACUGGGACUUGCGUUAGGAAAAAUGGAACCUGGAGGGAAACCAGUAUUGGAUUUUUUCAACACACUUUCAGACGUUACAAUGCUCAUCAUGAAUUGGGUGGUGAAGAUGGCUCCUGUUGCUGUGCUUUUUAUUAUACCGGGAAAGAUUCUCAGCAUAGAAGAUUUUGAAGUAAUGAUUGCACGACUAGGUAUCUAUGUCCUAACAGUGUUCAUUGGCUUGAUUACUCAUGGUUUUAUUAUCUUGCCUCUGAUUUAUUAUACCUGUACAAGGAAAUCGCCCUUUAAAAUUAUUUCAAAAAUUGGCCCUGCAAUUAUAACUGCUUUUGGAACAUCGUCGAGUACAGCUACUGUGCCGAUGACGAUCCAAUGUCUAGACAAAAUAGGCAUAGAUCCAAAAGUGACCAGAUUUAUUGCCCCAAUUGGUGCUACAAUAAAUAUGGAUGGUAUUGCACUCUAUGAAUCUGUAGGAGCUAUUUUUAUUAUUCAAUUGAGAGGAUUGGAUUUUUCAUUAGCUAGAAUAAUAGCAAUCAGUAUAACUUGUACGGUCUCAUGUAUCGGUGCAGCUGGUCUGCCGAAUGGAGGGUAUGUUAUGUUAGUGAUGGUAUUGAAUUCAGUUGGAGUUCCAGCGGAAGAUGUGAUGCUCAUUGUGGCUAUCGAUAGUCUAGUUGAUCGCUUUCGGACUACCAUCAAUAUUAUUGGAGACGCAUUGGCUGCUGGAAUUAUUGCACAUCAUACAAAAGACAGUAGAGAAUGUGCGGCUUUUGAAGAAAUGGGAGAACUUUUGCAAUCCAAAGACAUGGAGCUGGAUAAGAAGGAACUUGAAUAAAGACUUGGCAUUGUGUCAGUAACAUGAUAAUGUAAGAGAUACAUACUUCAAGACUGAUAUAUUUGAUUUUGGUGGGUAAUUGCGAUCACAGAUAACAUACGAAUCGAUUGUGAAGGUAAUUUGAAAGGCUUGCCCCAUACCUUCUAAAUGUUCCCCAUACUUCCAAAAACGAUGCUACUGUCAGGAUUCCAUUAAUAAUCGCUUGAGAUGAUGAUACCGAUCUGCUUGAUCCUCAAAACACACCGUUCAUCAUUAUAAUCUUAUCUCUCGAACAACACUAAAAACAGACUCGCACGAGCGGGAAAAACUCGCAAAUGUAUGGAAACAAUCAAGCAGCGUGAAGUUGAAAAUUUCAAAUUUCAAACUAUGUUCUUAACAUUUCGCAAUAUAUUUAUCAUACUGUCUGAUGGAGAAACUAUCUUUUUUUUGUUAUUCUCUAAAUACAAUGUGAAUGUUUUAAUAAUCAACCUUUGCUGAAAUAUCCUAGCUCAAAAAACGUGUGACUGAGCGUUGACUGACUGACUGAUGGCAUGACUGACGUAUGUACGUACCAACUAUCGGGGACUCGCACAAACAAUCUGGUCGUUCAAUUUUCGUUUGCAAAAUAAACAUGUGAAAAUGGAACACUAACCUACAAUUGGAAUACAGUGGGUUUGAAGUUAACCUGCAAAGGAGUGUUUGAAUUAUUAAUACAUUUACAUCGACCUUAGUCACUGUUAGAAGAUCAUUAUCAUCAGACACUAUUUUACCAUUAAUUUAACUAAUAAAUACAAAAUUAUGGAA